UAGAAGACGCCUAUCAAGAGCGAGUGUUCGAGCACUUGGCGGCGUCGGGACAGUGCCGGUUUCCCAGCCAAUCAGGGCCAUUCAGCGGGAUUUUCAGUGGGGAAAAUCAAUUGACAGUGAUGGCUCAUUCUCCCUGGUUCUUUCCAUGCAAACUGCCAGUGGUGCAGAGAGGAUAUCCAAUUGCAGGAUAGCAAGCUGGCGUGAGCGAGUCCAAAAAUGCAAUGGACGCCUUCCUGCUUUCGCAAAGCGGCUACUGCCAGCUUUCCGGGGUCCCCACUAGGGGGAAGACCAGAAGACAUUCACCUGACAGGAUACGCAUUGCCCCUCAGGGAGCGACGAGUCCGGUGCCAACAACAUGUGCAGCCUGUCAAAAGGUGGAAAAUGCUUUUACUCAAACUCUCCAUCCAGCAAAACAAUUGCGAGUCAAGAAGAAGCUGAGCCACUGGGUCAACCAACCAUGCAGUAUAGCUGCAAUGGCAGCUGCAAAAGCUGGUUCAGAGUCGUCCGCUGAUAAGGAAUGCCUAGCGACACAAAAUGUGACGCGCCGGCAGGGUCUAGCCAGGGUGGCAGCACUAACGCUCUUGAGCGCCCUUGCUGAUGUCAGCAAGUGUUCAAAAGCCAGGGCUGACACGCCCUACUCGCAAACACAAGGCAAGCAGACGGUUGUGGGGCUGCUUAAAGGGCGAUUGCGCGCCUGCCCCUCCGACUACAACCCAAACUGCGUUUCCAGCGCCUCAAACAACGCCUCAUACAUGAGCCCUUGGGAGCUCCCCGAGCGGUUGCAAGGCCAAAGCAGCAAAGCGGCACAGGCCAUCGAAACGGCGGUGUUAGCAACCCAGAAGAAUGCCACCAUCCUGAAGUCGGAACCGAUCGACGACAAGCACUACGUGUUGGCCGAGGUAGACGGACGGUUUGGCAGGGACCUGAUAGAGUUCCUGGUCAAAAGGGACGUCGUCACGUAUCGUUCCAUUGCCGAAAAAGUAAUCUUCGUCUACCCUUUCACGACCCCAAUAAGUGACCUGGACGCCCAGAGAAAGCGUAUGGAGCAGCUCCGGCAGGAGAUAGGGUGGAGACUUGUGGGUUGCGAGCUGAUAGAAUGCUACCAAUAAAAUGCGAGCCCGCAGUAGUCGAGGGCCAUACGUGGUCGUUUGUCAUGUUGGGUUCGUGACGUGGAAUGAGUAAGGUGUUUCGUUCUGCACCAUCAACAUUACAUAUGACCAAUUCUCCGUGAAAAACACCAUGCAAGGCCAUCUUGCUCCAUACGUCCGUUAUACCUCGUAUCUUCAAAGAUCAGGCGUCUUCGUAAAUCUC